GUCAUAACUAUAAUACGAUUUUUCAGAUACUAAUAAAGUGUCAAAAUGGACAGUUGUUGUGAUAGUAUGAUUAAAUACUUUAUGUUUAUCAUAAAUCUUCUAUUUGCUGUAGUUGGUCUGGCGCUGAUCGUGAUAGGAGCAUAUAUUCAAAUUGCCGCCAAGGAGUUUCUGGAUUUUCUCUCUGAUAAUUAUUUGAACACACCAAUUUUCAUCAUUAUUAUAGGAUGUAUUAUUUUCGUUGUUGCCUUCUUCGGAUGCUGCGGAGCCUGGCAUGAGAACACGUGUAUGAUUUACACCUACGCCGCCAUGUUGGGUCUCCUCCUCAUUUGCGAGAUUGGAGCUGGAAUUGCCGCGUUCGUUUUGAAGGGAGAGCUGAAGGAUGUUGUCGAGGAGAAAAUGGUUCAGGGCAUGAAGAAUUAUAAUGCUCCUGGCUAUGACGGUGUGACUAAUGCCUGGGACGUAAUGCAGCAAGAUCUGAACUGCUGUGGUUCCAGCAAUUAUACAAACUGGUUCCAGUAUACACCUAACCAGGUUCCAGACUCAUGCUGCCAGAUUGAGAAGAAGGGAUGUGGAUCUGAUUUAUUCCAAAAUCAGAUUUAUCAACGAGGAUGUCUCCGGGAGUUCGAGGACAGAUUCAAGAGCAACAUCGGCAUCGUUGGAGGAGUUGCCCUAGGAGUAGCAUUUGUGCAACUUCUUGGCGUAGUGUUCUCCUGUUGUCUGGGGAAAGGUGUGAGGAAAGGAGAAUAUGUUUAAAGAAGACGACUUUCUAGAUCUGCGAUAUAAAACUGCUUUCGUAUUUUGUGUCUAAAAACAUUUAUAUUUUUUUUGUAUUGAUUUCCAAAACUUUGACUGAUUAUUGUGAUUAGUUUUCUACCAAUAUAUAUUUAUACAAAUGGA